GGAGCGCCACCUGAAACAAAAACCAACGAAAAAAAAAAAAAAGCGCAAAACGCAACCUAGCGAAUACCGUUCACUUCAAUGGCCGACCAGACUUUAGCGCCACCGCCGGAUCCGAAUCCCGAAGAGCACGACGAUCAGACGGCGGGGGAUAAUUCUUCCUCGACGGUCCUCGACCUCACCAGCUUCCAGCUCCAUGACCUCGACUCGGUCGAGUUACCGCCGAGUCUAACUGAGUUAGACCUAACGGCGAACCGCCUCACCAUCUUGGACACUCGGAUUGCGAACCUCUCCAACCUCAAAAAGCUCUCACUCCGUCAGAACCUCAUCGAUGACGCCGCCGUCGAACCGAUCUCCGGCUGGGACGCCCUCUCCGGUCUCGAGGAGUUGGUGCUGAGGGAUAAUAAGUUGGGGAAAAUACCAGAUGUUAGCAUAUUCACGAAGCUUCUGGUUUUCGACUUUUCUUUCAACGAGAUUACGUCGUUACAUGGAUUGUCCAAGGUCACCAGUACCCUCAAGGAGCUCUACGUGUCGAAAAAUGAAGUUACCAAGAUUGAAGAAAUUGACCACCUCCAUGAGCUUCUGAUUCUCGAGCUUGGUUCGAAUCGAUUGCGGGUGAUGGAGAGUUUGCAGAACAUGACAAAGUUGCAGGAGCUGUGGCUGGGGCGGAAUCGAAUUAAGGUGGUGAAUUUGUGUGGGUUGAAAUGCAUCAAGAAGCUGAGCUUGCAGAGCAAUCGGUUAACUUCAAUGACGGGAUUUGAGGAGUGUGUUGCUCUAGAGGAGUUGUACUUAAGCCAUAAUGGUAUUUCGAAAAUGGAAGGCCUCUCAACGUUAGUCAACCUACGUGUCUUGGAUGUAUCGAAUAAUAAGCUAACAUCGGUGGAGAGUAUUGAAAACCUUACAGUGUUAGAAGAUCUAUGGCUUAAUGACAACAGCAUAGAGACAGUUGAAGGCUUUGCCGAGGUUGUUGCUGGUUCUAGAGAGAAGCUCACUACAAUCUAUCUCGAAAAUAACCCAUGUGCAAAGUCUCCAAACUAUGCUACUGCCUUGAGACAAAUCUUCCCAAACAUAGAGCAAAUUGAUUCUCAUGUAUUUUCUUAAAAAGUUUUUAUGGCUUCAACUCUCUCAACAUAAUUAUCAUGAAGCACUCAAUGUACAAAACCGCGAUGUAGGCAAACUGUGGUUUUGGAGGCGGCUUCCGGAGUGCUGAAUUUCAAAUGAAUAGAGAUAAAUUGCUAAACCAUGGAUGGCUCAAGAACUCACUUGGAAAAUAAUUAAAACGAUCUUUUCGUGUUGUUUACUGAAGUUGUUUUGUGUUAUUUAAACAACCCUCCUCUUACUCUUUUCCAUCUCCUCGUACCGAGUUUAGGCGUGUAAUACAUCAUUUUUGGAUGCCAAGUGAUAAGGUGCUUUUUAACUUACAGCUUUAAUAACAGUUUUACUUCUCCAUUAA